CUGCGGGGAGGCCGCCCCAGGACCCGACCGGCACAUGGGCACCAGCCAUGGCGGCCCCAAUUAUCGGCCCCGAGCUCGGCCAAAUUUCUGGCCAGGCAAAAAUAGAUCUCUUAUUAGUUGGAGAUGUCACUGUUCAGUACCUGGCUGAUGUUAUACAAAAAGUCUUUUCAACUACAGCAAAAAUUACCAUCACCAUUUGUGAUAUGAAGAAAGCAGCAGCACUUUGGGAUAUAGCUACAUUCAACAUGGUUUUCCUGAAAAUGACUUCCUUACCAACUGCUGAGGAGCUAGAAGCCAUAAGAUUAAUUAGAUUCGGCAGGGCAAAAGAUGUACAUUUGUUGAUUGUAUUUAUAGUCCCUGAAAAUUUUAAAGGUUGUAUUUCAGGGCAUGGAGCUGAUAUUACUUUAACAGAACCACUGACAAUGGAAAAAAUGAGUAUUGUGGUAAAAUACUGGAAAACAUAUUUCUCAAAUACUGUUAAGAAUGAAAAUUAUAUGAAACCUGAAGAACAUGGAUUGCCCCUGCAGAAAUCCUGCAGUGAACACCUGGAAUGUUUUUCUACUGAUCUAUUUGCUUGCUCAGAAUCUCUAAGAAAUGAAAUUGGGUUUGAAUUAAAGUCUCCGUUGUCAGAUUUUGAGAAAAACAAAAAGAUUUCUCUUCUUCAUUCAAGCAAGGAAAAGCUAAGAAGAGAACGAAUCAAAUACUGCUGUGAGCAGCUGCGUAUUCUAUUACCAUACGUAAAGGGGAGAAAGAAUGAUGUGGCUUCGAUUCUUGAGGCAACAGUGGAUUAUGUGAAGUAUGUCAGAGAGAAAAUCCCUCCAGCCAUUAUGAGCCAGAUUACAGAAGCACUUCAGAGUAAUAGGAGGUUUUGUAAGAAACAGCAAACACCUAUCCAGCUGUCUGACCCAGCACAAUCAUGGCACAGAGGUCAGUCCAACUACGCUUCAGAGAGUGCUAUUGGUGAUAUGUAUAAAACUGGCAUUUCCAGCAAAUCUCUCUCUGUUAAUUCUUUUCCUGCUGUCAGAUACUAUUCUAAAGUCAUCUCUUCCUAUGAUGCAGCUGCUGUAACAAAUCAGAACACCUCUAUUCAUUUUCCAUCAGCCAUGCCCAAAGUCUCAAAAUUUCUUCCUCAGCCCUGUUCUUCUAUGUUGGGCCAGACAUGCACAACACAUCCCAAGUGUCUGAACAGUUUUGGGCAUAUUGAUAGCACAUGUUUGAAAUUCACACUCUAGAUCACCUAUUGGCGCAGUUUGACAAUACAAGAAGAAUGGACUAGAGAAUGACCUUGAAAGCUAAUAUCAAAAAAGUUUACAAUGUAUGGCUUCUGAUAAUGGUGCUAAAAGCGUCUGCAGAUGAAAAGACAAGCAGCAGAGUGCCAGCCACACACUUUCACUUACCUUACACAAUUGGGUCUCCCUCAACCAGAGAGCUACAAGAACACACCACCUAAGUGACCUACAUUUUCUCAAAAAACAUGCCACAAUUUAUGAAAAAAAGUGCUCUAUAAAAAAAGUCCACACAGACUUGAUAAAAUGAUGGUUGGGGAGGUACCUUGGUACUCUGGUGUCUGUGAACAGAUAUUGCAACUUGAUUCUAAUUUUUAGUAGCACUGUGGAUUACUGUCACUUAUUUCUAGGUAGGAUUGUUUCUAGAGUUGACAAAAUUUUAGAGUGUUUCCUUUGUUAUUCACCAUCCAAACUAUUUUAGUUUCAGAGAGGUUUUACUUCUACACUGAUUACUAAUGAAUAAAUUGACAUUUGUCUUUGUAUUUCGUAAUCUUGUGAGUGAAAUGAUAGCUAGCAGGUAAAUUUUUGCUUCUGGAUCUUUAGUUACAGAGUAGCAACUCUUUAUUUUUUUCAUCUCAUCCUCCCCAUGGGUAUUAGAAAAGACUUGAAAAUAAGGGGAGAAAAAUAUUUGUUUUAUAUUUCAUGGAAAUAUUCUUAUGCAUAAUAUUUUAUUGUUAAAGAAAAUAUUCAGUUUUGACCCUGAAAAUGGUAACCCAUUUUUGUUUUGUCUAAUAAAAUGUGUUCCCUGUUUUAGUAGAACUAUGUAAGGAAUUUAAUAGAUUUUUGAGAAAUUUAAAAAUACUUUAGGCAUAGCCUAAUUUUCAUGUUAAAUUGUAUAACUUUUCUUCAAGGAUGCUGUGAUGGUGGAAUCUGUAGCUGUUUCACAAACUUUAUAAAGGAACUAGGAGUUUCCAACUAAGAUUCUGUGCUUAUUAUUUCAAAAGCUCAUUUCACUCUUCAUAAUUGUGCCUUCAGAAGUAAUUGCUUUGGCUUUGUAAGGGAAUAUGUUUGAGAUAUAUUGGGUACUAAUACAUAGUCUUAGGUUCUCAACUGGUCUUAAUUGCUACUUGGACUUUUGUUAUGCGUCAGGUUGUCCUACAUCUCCAGGGGAACCAUGAGAGAGCCUGUGUCUAGGAGUUCAACAAAUCAAUUAGAGACUCAAUGCAUACAUCCUGUCAGUUUGCUAUUUGCAGUUACCAUUUUCUCUUUAACAUUGAAAGAAGGCUACCAGAUUCAUUGUUAAAACUCUUUUUUUUCCCAAGGCUGGUUGCCAUUAUCCUGAACUUCAUGAAAGUAUCCAACUUUGUUUCUAAUACUAGAAUUUCAUUUUAAAUAAAGUAUUUUCUUCCAAGUAAAUUCUAC